GUUCAGUUGUACUUAAACUGCAAGUCUUAUCACAAAAUCAUUUUUGUCACAACAAAACCCGAAAAACAAGUUUUAAGUAUCACUUGUCGUCUCAACAAAUACUUUCGCCAAACCACUGGCUAUUGAUUGUGUGGACACAAGACAUAUCUGAUGAUAGUGUGCACUCGUGUGUCACCACCACUGGCAGCAGAACCGGAGGAAUGGGAUCAUUAGAAGUGCCGCUAAAAGUAUGGCUGACGGCUGUGCUCUCAGUGAUUGUCUUAUUGACGGCUUAUUGGUAUGACUUGUCUCGUGAGGACGACCUCUUAGUGAGGCUCGAGUUGACCCACGAGUCGCUUCUUCACAUCGAAGAGAGUGUUUCAGUGAACCCCAAGACGAAGAUCGCCAUCGGGUUUGGUUCGUGUGUCGAUGUGAUCGCACAGACACGGGAUGUGCUGCUCGACAGGUAUUCGCCGCCAAAGGCGGCCAAACAUUACGAGAUAAUUGAGACCAGAGAUGAACUCUUGGAAGUGUUCGCCUAUUACUUCCAAUUCGGCGCCGCAGCUGAGCGUUACAUCAAAAACAGUACACUCUUUGACGAACUCGUGUCGGCGGCCAAUGCGGGCCAACACACCAAACACGUCAUCGGAGGUAACGCUCCGAUAAUGGCCUCGCGUUUCGCCAAA